AUGGCAAACGAGUAUAAGAUGUCGCUCUCCUAUCCCAACCCGUCUUUGGGCCAGAUGGCACCGCUCGAGGAUCGGACCGGGAGCGGCCAGACCGAAGGCGAGUCGGAACAAACAGCCGUCGCCGACGCCCCUCAUGUUCCUCAAGCCCCCAUCGCCGUUUCCGGGGCUCGCCAGGUUGUUCUGAUGGGAUCGCUCCUUGUCGGUCUGCUAUUUUCGAGCCUAGAUACUUCGAUUGUAUCUACUUCUCUCGUGACCAUCUCGCACGAGCUAAACGACUUCGUCAACGCCCCUUGGAUCGUUCUCGCCUACCUCCUGACAUACAUGGGCUUUGCCAUCUGCAUCGCCAAACUGAGCGAUAUUUACGGGCGACGUAACAUGUUGGUUCUCUCGUGGAUCAUCUUUAUGGGAUUCUCCAUGGGUUGUGCCUCAUCCAAGGAUAUGACUGCUCUAAUCCUCUGCCGGGCCUUUCAGGGAAUAGGAGCUUCGGGACUGUACAGCUUGACCCAGAUUGGCUUGCUCGAAGUCGGCCCUGUGCAUCGACCGAGCCUCAUAGGUGCCAUGAUCGGCGCCACGCUGGCCAUCGCAUUUGUUCUCGGCCCUCUGCUUGGAGGCAUCAUCGCCCAGCUCUCCGAUUGGAGGUGGCUGUUCAACAUGAACAUCCCAUGUGGUCUCAUGACGAUCCUCUUCAUCACCAACUUUUGGCCCGAGGAGAAGGCCGCCCACCUGCUCUCCUGGAGGGCCUUUACCCGCAUCGACUUUGUUGGCAGUGUCUCCCUCCUCUGCAGCUCUGGGCUGCUCGUCUUUGCCAUGCAGCAAGCCGGGUCGCAGACGUUUGACUGGGGCAGCCCGGCAAUCGUUUCGACUAUUGUCCUGUCCGCCAUCACCUUUGUCGUAUUUGUUUGGUGGGAAGUUUUUCUCGAAAGCAAGGGGCUUCGCCAUGUCGAGCCCAUCUUUCCCAUGCAUCUGAUGAGCCGCCGCGUCUACGUUGCUGGUCUUUUACUCACGUUCCUCACCGGCUUCCCUUACAUCUCACUCUCCAUAGUUAUCCCUGAGCGGUUUCAGAUUGUUGACGGAGAAAAUGUGCUCAUGGCUGGCAUUCACAUUCUUCCCCUGCUCGGCGCCUGCGCUGUCGGCUCUUUCUUGGGCGGCUGCCUGUCGAGCAAGCGCAACAACACAUCGUACACGCUCGUCGGUGCGUCGUGCCUCCAGCUCCUCGGCGUUGGCCUCAUGACAACUUUAACCGGCACCCACGCAAGCGAAGGCGCCCAGUAUGGCUACCAGGCCAUCUUUGGACUCGGCGUCGGCCUCUCAUUCUCGGCCGUCACCAUCAUGACAAGCAUCCUCGCUGCGGAGCCAAGCGUGCGAGCUGCUGCCCAAGGCGCCGUUGCCCAGGCCCGCGUGCUGGGCGGGUGCAUCGGACUCGCCAUCUGCACCGUCCUAUUCAACGUGCACGUCAACCGAAACCUGAAGGGCGACCUGACUCCGGAGCAGCUUGACAAGCUCCACCGCUCCCCAUUGUCUGGCCUCCAGCUGCCCGCCGACGUCCAGGAUCGGAUUAAGAGCGUCUACGUUGGUGCCUUUGGCCAAGAGAUUCAGGUAAUGGGACUCGCUUGCGCCGUCAUGGUUGUUGUGUCCCUCUUUACUCUCGAGAAGCACCCCGCGCCCCUCACGAGACUGACGGGGUCCGCUCCGGCGGCCAAGGACGAAUCGUCGUCGUUUCGCCGAGGCAGCGACUCGGGCACGGAAAUCAACACAAUUUCGAGCUCCCACCACCAAGCAGUCUAG